CCAGUAGUUGUCUGGCUACUCCUUUCUCCUCCCUGGGCGAAAAAGCGCCUUUCCUCGGUGGGGGGAGAAAAGGUGUGGGCUCCAGGGAGCUGCUGAAGAGAAAGCGAGUGGGAGGAGGAGCGGGCUUCUCCAGAUGGACUGAGCGCACUCUCCGCGCCAGGGGACUGGAGGAGGGAGCGAGAGGGAGCCAGGGAAAGGAGGACAGCCCCGCCGAGCGCGGCUGGGUGGACGCGCCGCCGGCUCAGCUCUCCCUCGAAGUUGUUGCCCCUCUUGCGCUGACUUCCCUCAUCGCGGGGGGGAGGCAGCGAGGAGAGAGAAGGCAGCGGCACCGAAGGAGGCAGCGGAGGGGCAUCCUCAGUGCCGCCCCGCACCCGCCCCGCGCUCCCGAGGAAAUGGGCUUGCGGGUGGCACGCGGCUGAUGCCAAGGAUGGAGUCCCGUCGGAGUCCCUGAACAGGGCAGCGGCACGACACGAGGAGGCGACGGCGAUGGGGCAGGCGCUGGGCAUGGGCGCGGCGCUGCUGCUCGUCACGCUAGGGUAUCUGCUCAGGUCACUGACUGCGGAAACACAGUGUGAAAACAUCUACCAAGACUUCUCGGACUGCAUCUUGAAACUAGGAGAAAACAUGGCUAGCUACGAGGAAGAAGAAGGUGACGAGGAAGAAGAAGGGAGCCAGAUGCAGGGGCUGUACACUGUCUGCGGAUAUUGGGAUGAGUUUCACAGUUGUGCUGUGACUGCCCUUUGGGAGUGCCAGAAGGAGGCAGCAACUAUCUGGGAGAUGCUGAAAAAGGAAUCGAGAAAAAUCAAAUUCCAAGGCAGUCUAUUUGACCUCUGCGCAUCUGGCGACUCCCAGAAUUUCAGCUCUGUGCAGAUUCCAACUAUACCAUUAUUAAGUAUCACACUGAUGGUCACUUGGCUUAAUUUAUAAAGGGAGUGCAACCCUGCAAUUCUGUACAAUUGUACAUAUGUUUCCAGACAAUCGAUAAAUAUGUUAGGUAGUUUAUUUUCAGUGAGUGCUUGGUUAUGUCAUGUGGAACACAUAUGUGGAACACAAGAGGAAAAUCCACAAUGGAUCCUGAUCUUUAGCAUAUUCCAGUGAUGUGUGUUAUCCAUAGUAAGUCUGGCAAUUGCUCCAGCGUGAACUUGACCACUUGAAGUGCACUUGGACCUCAGAUUUAAACUGCUGAAAUGCUGUUCCUGUGGCACAAGGAAAGUGGCAUACAGUGAGGGAAAUAAGAAUUUGAUCGCCUGCUGAUUUUGUCCGUUUGCCCUCUGACACAGAAAUGACCAGGCUAUAAUUGGAAUGGUAGGUUUAUUGUAGCUGUGAGAGACAGAAUAAAAACAAACCCUCAAAAGCCCAGUGCCCAAAAGUCAGCGAUGGAUUUGCAUUGUAGUGAGGGAAAUAAGUAUUCGAUCCCUUCACAAAAGAUGUCUUAGUACUUGGUGGCAAAACCCUUGUUGGCAAUCACAGAGGUCAGAUGUUCCUUGUAGUUGGCCAACAGGUUUGCACACAACCCAGGAGGGAUGUUGUCCCACUCCUCUUUGCAGAUCCUCUCCAAGACAGAAAGGUUUCGAGGCUGAUGUUUGGCAACCCAAACCUUCAGCUCCCUCCACAGAUUUUCUAUGGGAUUAAGGUCUGGAGACUGGCUGGGCCACUCCAGGACCUUCAUGUGCUUCUUCUUGAGCCACUCCUUCGUUGCCUUGGCUGUGUGUUUUGGGUCAUUGUCAUGCUGGAAUACUCAUCCACGACCCAUUCUCAAUGCCCCGGCUGAGGGAAGGAGGUGCUCACCCAAGAUCUGACGGUACAUGGUCCCGUCCAUCGUCCCUUCGAUGCGGUGAAGGUGUCCUGUCUCCUUAGCAGAAAAACACCCCCAAAGCAUAAUGUGUCCACCUCCAUGUUUGACGGUGGAGAUGGUGUUCUUGGGCUCAUAGGCAGCAUUCCUCCUCCUCCACACACGGCGAGUUGAGUUGAUGCCAAAGAGCUCGAUUUUGGUCUCAUCUGACCACAACAUUUUCGUCCAUUUCUCCUCUGGAUCAUUCAGAUGUGCAUUGGCAAACUGCAGACGGGCCUGUACAUGUGCUGCCUUGAGCAGGGGGACCUUGUGGGCACUGCAAGAUUUCAGUCCUUCACGGACUGAAAUUGUUUUCUUGGUGACUAUGGUUCCAGCUGCCCUGAGAUCAUUGACAAGUUCCCCCCGUGUAGUUCUGGGCUGCUUUGUCACCGUUCUCAUGAUCAUUGCAACUCCAUGAGGUGAGAUCUUGCAUGGAGCCCCAGACCAAGGGAGAUUGACAGUUAUUUUGUGUUUCUUCCAUUUGCGAGUUAUCAUGCCAACUGUAGUCACCUUCUCACCAAGCUGCUUGGCGAUAGUCUUGUAGCCCAGUCCAGCCUUGUGCAGGUCUACAACCUUGUCCCUGACAUCCUUCGACAGCUCUUUAGUCUUGGGCAUGAUGGUGAGUUUGGAAGCUGAGUGAUUGCUUGCUUCUAUGGACAGGUGUCUUUUAUACAGGUACUGUAACAAGCUGGGAUUAGGAGCACUCCCUUACAGAGGGUGUUCCUCAUCUCAGCUCAUUACCUGCAUAUAGUGAAAAGACACCUGGGAGCCUGAAAUCUUGCUGGUUGAUAGGGGAUUGAAUACUUAUUUCCCUCACUACAAUGCAAAUCCAUCGCUGACUUUUGGGCACUGGACUUUUGAGGGUUUGUUUGUUGUUAUUCUGUCUCUCACAGCUACAAUAAACCUACCAUUCCAAUUAUAGCCUGGUCAUUUCUGUGUCAAAGGGCAAACGGACAAAAUCAGCAGGGGAUCAAAUACUUAUUUCCCUCAGUGCAAAUGCUUUCUGCAGCUUGGUUGGGUUAGUUGGAUAGUCUUUUGUAAAACUGCCAGUCAAGUUCUUCUGUUGACAUACUCACACAUGCACACAACCCUCCCUUAAGACAUCAUUUGGUGCAAAUUUGGAGCUACUAGAGGGCAUCCUAUGUAGACUGAAUUCUUGAAAGCCAUUUUGCUCUCAGCAUUGAUUUCCCCCCAGAAAAGCCAUUUCACAAGGAUUCAUAUCAACCCUGAAACAAUCAAGAAAAACUCAACAUGUCACACAGCUAUGUUGCUACAGUAAUCUGGCCAUGCAUAAGUAUGACUUAUCUGUGUAAUAGAGCACAGUUGCUUCUAUCUUUCUUAUGUGAUCAUUUGUUUGCCUAAAUAAAUGAAUUAUCACAUAAGAAAGGUACAAUCAACCAUGCUAAAUAAGUUGGAUUACCGCUUCAGCCUAUUCCUUUGAAGAGCUCUGGAAUUUUUGCACUCUUUUAUAUAUGCAUUUACAAGAAACCCAUCUGUACCACCCAUCUUUUUUCCUGACAAACAAUUUUUCUCUUCCUUUAUUUGCCCAGGGUGAUGUGAGAUUAAGUAACUGCUGUCAGUGCUUCUAAAAUGCAUGGAAAUAUUUGGUCAUCAAGGACAGGAAGAAUUAUCAACCGUUUUCUGGUGAAAACUACCUUUUGGGGGAUAUGCCAACUUCUUUAGCAGACUAGUCUGCUUGAAUGCAUGGGAAAGUGCACAAUCCUGCCACCUCCUCAUGCAUUCAAGCAGAGGUUCUCAACCUUGGGUCCCCAGAUAUAGGGCCUUUGGGGCUGGGAAUGAUGGGAUUUGUAGUCCAACAACAUCUGGGGACCCAAGGUUGAGAACCCCUGCAUUCAAGGAUUUUUCCUCCCUGAAGAGGCUAAUGUAUUACUACCACAUUAUUUCUUUUGCACAUUCUUGUCUGCUCCCUUAGUCUGCAGAAGCCCAUCUCUUGCUAUUCAUUAAAAUGAACUUCGGGUCAUUCAGCUCAACAUGGCUUCUGCUCCCCAGUUUCCUUACAGACAAAAUUUAACAAUGUUGAAUGAAAUGACCAGGUUGACGGAUAGAUUCUUGGCACAAGAGCAGCUGCUGAGGAAACUCUGUCUGGGAGCAAGCCCUAGAGUGCCUGCACGGAACCAGAUUCAUUAAGAAAAGGAAGCCAUCUGCCAUUUACCUGCUCUGUGGCAGGAGAAAUGCAGCUGAAAGCUGCUCAAAAUACAUAAGGAAGAUGGAUCUUCCAAGGCUGGAGAUAAAGGAAAACAGGGCCAGCCUUUAAAUAAGUGUGUGGGGGGGUGCGAGAUCCCACUCUUAACAUAUAAUACCUCCAUUCAAGUAUAGGAUGUCAGUUUUACUGCACAAAAAAGCAAGAGUUAAGUCCUGCAUUUACAUGACACAAAUUAGUAGUAUGCCUUCACAUUACUUGUGCAUGCUUUUCUAGAGAAGCAUGGUCUGAGGGAUCCACUAAUCAGGGACUCCUCCAUGGGAUGGGAAGGCAUUCUGUACAUUCUCUGAAAUAAACUUCAUAUCUGUUUCUUUAAAGCAGGCCUGCUGAACUUUGGGUCCCAGGUGUUUUUGGACUGCAACUCCCAUAAUCCCCAGCCACAGGGGCCAAUUGCCAGGAAUUGUGGGAGUUGUAGACCAACAUCUGCAGAAGGGCCGAAGUCAAGCAGCCCUGCUUUAAAGAAAGGUUAUGGCCAGGGCAAGAGGUAGUGGUGAAUAAAGGGGGCAGAACUGCAAGAGUUGCUGUAAACCACCCAGAGACUUGCAUUUUGGGCAGUAUAUAAAUGUUUUAAAUAAUAAAUAAGACCAGGAAGGCCAGUUUUUCUACCCACACUAGUAAUAAUCCAAGGCAGUAAAGAUAAAAUCUAUAGGCUAACCCUGAUUUUCCCUCUCUCACACCACCCCCACUUCCUAUGUAUGACAUCUUCUAAAUAAGUACUAGUCCUUAUGGUUGCACAAGAAAUGCAAAAUGUGGGCAAAAUGCCUAUUGCGUCUCCAAAGUGAGGAUGGCUGCUGAAUAGCAUGCCCACUGAUUGGGUUUUUGGGACUUGUAUAUAGCUGCUCAUCCCUUUUCCUGGAAAGCCAAAAUAAGUUGUGCAAAAUGGUAACAGUUGUAGAAUUAUUCAACAUAAAACAAAUUAUGUAAGUUUGCUUGGUGCAUAGGCACUGCAGAAUUCAGCUCAAAUCUUGGUGCCAUAUUUUAAUUUUGGCAUGGAGCGCAUUCAGCCCUGCCUACAAGUUCUGACUAGUGCUUGAUACAAUAGCUGACAUCCAGACUAAAUUACCUGAGUUGAAUAACUCCUGAGUAGUUAGACUGGGUAACAGACUGGAUAUCAGCCAAAUUUAGCUAAACAGCUGGGUUGUUGUUGUUUUUUAAUUGCCAAAUAGAGAGCCUCAGUUUGCUUGUAUCCUAGUCUACAUCUGUGCAAUCUGAGAAUUUGUGCAGAAGGCACAAUGAGUCUGCAAGAGAUUCCUCCAUUGCCAUAUUAGGACUACUCUCACAUUUCAAACUGUUUGAACUUUCAGCUGGAGGAAGAGUUCCGUGUAACUUGAGUUUGCACAAGAUUUUGUGAACAUUCACUGGCUGUAAUAAAUCACACUUAGCAUGCAUACAGUGACUUCUGAGUUUUCAAAGUGUUUGACACACAUUAUCUCAAAAAAGCUCACAACCAGUUGUUCCCUUUAACAGAGCUUCUCAGAAGUUGUUGACAACAACUCCCAUAAUCCCCAAGCAAAAGCCACUGCAGCUGAGGAUUCUGGGAGUUGUAGUCAACAACAUCUGAGAAUCCCUGUUAGAGGGAACACUGCUCACAACAAUCCUGUAAAGUAGGCCAGUAUGGCGGGGAGGCUAUGAGUGAUUUCUCUCAGACUAAUUCAUGGUUGAAGUAUGCUCUGAGCUGGGAAAUUCUUAGCUUGCAUAGCUCACUCUAUACCAGUGGUCACCAAAGAUACAAUUUACUGCCCCAUGAUAAUAUUUUAUUAAGAGGAUGAAGACGUCAGGCAUUGAUGCUUAGUUGUGAGAAAAAGAAAGGGGGGAUCUGGCAGAAAAUGGAAGCAAAAUCAAGGUAAGGCUAGUAUUGUAUAGGAAAGGCUUUGCUGAAGGAAUGGAUCUUGAGCAUUAGCCGAGUUUCAAUUGUUUUCAGCUCUCCUCAGUUAAGUUUUACUUCAUUCAAAUGCUUCUGUCCUCUCACAGUAAUAAAAAAUGGUACAUCAAACAAGUA